AACUUAUGAUGUGUAGUGUGGUUUGGGUAAACAACAAGUUUUGUCAGUUCUUGGCUAAUAAGUUUUGUUUGUUAGUCACUCUGGUUUGGAAUUUCCUUCCCAAAGUUUUCCUGCAACCCCUUAUCUCUUCCUUAUUUUUUCCUCUCCUUUUACUCCCAAUUCUAGCACCAGUGAUGAUUAUACCUUCAUUUCUUCCUCCUCUGCGUUUCGCAUUGUUUAUUUCACUAUACUUUUGAGAAAAAGAAACAUAAUUUGCUGCCUCGGUGAGUUCCAUCUGAUAUUUUAGUCAUCUCUGCCAGUUCCCUUGAACAAAUUUUAGUCUCAAGGUAUUCAAUUUAGGCUGGCUGGCUUUUGUGAGGGUCUUCAGGAGCACAAAGGAGUAAGUUCUAUACUUAUUUUAUAAAUAUGGAGAAUUCUCAUGAGAAAGUGAAUGGAUACUCCAAUUCAACAAGGGACUUGGACAACUCUCAUAUGAAAUGGAAUGGAAAUGGAGUGGUCGAAAAUGGCCAUGGUGUCAAGAGGCACACUUCUUACCAGCCUAGUGUUAAGCUGUCAUUAUCUUGGCUUGAUAUAAGAGUUUUCUAUGUUAGAGUCAGCAAAUGUGACAUCGAUGAUUCAACUCCUGAAUGCCUUACAUUAAAUCAUAUUCCAUUGAAUCAUGAAACCCUUCUUGAAGUAAAUGGAGCAAGAACUAGCAUCUAUUCGGAUGGUGCGUCCACACUACUUAGAAGAGACAGGUUUGAUAAGAAAUCUGAGGAAGUAACUUACGUCAGUACUGAUAGUUUAAGAAUGACAGGAAGUGUGAAGUUUGAGGUUUUCAAUAAGGAUGUUCUAGUCAUAUCUGGUUUAUUAGAGUCGAGUCAAUGUACUGGAAGCAUAGGGGAUUCAGAAAAUCAUGGCCAGAGGUGGAGUAUGCACUGUGAGUCAGAUAUUCCUGUGAGGAGCAGUCUUUUCAACGCAAAACAGUGUACAAGCCUAGAGUCGCCAGAGGUCGAGGUCUAUGUAGCUGGUUGCUUUUCUGGUGUACCAAUUAUCUUGACAAAAACUCUGCAGCUUGGUUCAAGGAAAAAGCAGUCGAGAAAGGGGAUGUUGAAAUCAAUCCCAGAAUAUGAAGCAACGGUAAGCCAAAAAGAUGUGCCAGCUGGAUUUGAUUUGCAGGUAGCAGAUUACUCUGACCACAAACCAGAGAAUGAAGAAUAUAACCCCCUCUAUCAUCCAGGGAUGCAAUAUCUGGAAGGUGAAGAUGGAGAGUUAUCAUGGUUCACUGCUGGUGUAAGAGUUGGGGUUGGAAUUGGUCUCAGUGUUUGUCUUGGAGUUGGAAUAGGCGUCGGUUUACUGGUAAAAACCUACCAAGGAACAACCCGCAACUUCAGAAGACGGUUAUUCUGAAACCUCACCGUGAAGUACUCUUACAAAAAACUUGAGUUUCUCUCAAGGCAGCUGACGUUCUGCUGGGUAUAACCUUAUCAAGUAUUGUUUGAGGGAGUUCACAUGUUUUGUUACAAGUGCAAAAUGAUACAAUUUCUUGGCUUGAGUUAGAUUUAGACAUUCAGUCAAUCUUGUAAGUGAAAUAAAGCAUAGCUUCGCUUGUUUUUCUAAUAAAAGCGGAAGUUGUCUCAGAAA